ACCAAGAAGUUGCAGUGCCCCAUGUUUGCUCCUUGUGCUGGCGCUAGCUGCCCAUGGGUGCAGCGUCUCAAUGGCUAGCUGCAGCUUCACCAUAUCCAACCACUGCACCCAGACCAUCUGGCCGGCGACCAUGGCCGGCGCGGGCACGCCGCAGCUACCCACGACAGGGUUCCGGCUCGACCCGGGGCAGACGGUGCAGGUCCCAGCGCCAGCCGGGUGGUCCGGCCGGAUAUGGGCGCGCACGGGGUGCAACUUCAGCGCCGACGGUGCGGGUGCGCCUGCUGGUGCGGUGGCGUGCCAGACCGGCGACUGUGGCGGUGGACACUUGGAGUGCGGCGGCACGGGAGGGACGCCGCCAGCGACGCUGUUCGAGAUCACGCUGGGGAAGGGCGGCCCCGCCGACCAGGACUUCUACGACGUGAGCCUCGUCGACGGGUACAACCUGCCCGUCAUCGCCGUCCCGCGGGCGCGGCAGGGCAGCUGCAACACCACCGGCUGCAACGCUGACCUCAACCUGUCAUGUCCCAAGGAGCUGCAGGUGGACGGUGGCAAUGGUGGCGGCGCAGUGGCAUGCCGGAGCGCGUGCGAGGCAUUCGCGCAGGACAAGUACUGCUGCAGCGGCGCGUAUGCGACGCCGGCGACGUGCAGCUCGACGGCCUACUCGUCCAUUUUCAAGUCGGCAUGUCCGCGGGCCUACAGCUACGCCUACGACGACGGCACCAGCCUCUUCACCUGCAACGCCGUCGACUACACCAUCUCCUUUUGCCUCCCUCCCACCGGGUUGAACACGCCUGGUGAUGCUAACAUUGUUCCUCCUGCCAACAACAAUGGCGCUGGAAGCACCUACGUGCCGCCCCCGGCAGGCAACAGCGGUGUUGGAAGCGUCUAUCAACCACCCCCCACAGGUAACAGUGCUGCUGGAAGUUCCUACCUGCCACCUCCAGCAGGCGGCAAUGGCGUCGGAAGUGACUACCAGCCGCCCUUGGCUACCAACGAUGGCAUCGGAAAUUACUACCCCCUGAUGGGCAACAAUGGCCUCAGAAGCGCCUACCAGCCGGGGAUGGUGCCAUCUUCGGCGAGCGCACCAUACAACCAGCUGCUUCUGCUACCUGCGGCGCUGUUUUUCCUAAUAUGA